AUGGGACUGUUAGGUGGCUUUAUUGUGCAUCCAAGAACAGUGACUACUCGAGAAGAACAUGGCGAAUUCGUAUUGGUUCUCAAUGAUUGGCAACACUUUUAUACCAGUGAACAGCACCAAGUGCUCAUGGCGAGUGGUCAGUUCUAUCCAAAUAGUAUGGAAUCUUUGACACAACCAAGUAAUAUUGACUAUUUCGAAGCUGUCGAUGGAUCACGAGCAGCUGAGGCAUUAGUCACCUCAAUCUUGAUCAAUGGACGUGGUCAAUAUUUUGAUCCGCGUGCGGCGAAUAACAGUUCGAGCACAACACCAUUCGAAUAUUUGAAUAUAAUUUCAGCACCUAACAACGCCACUUAUCGCCUACGUCUGAUCAAUGGCGGUAGUGUACUGUCACUGAAAUUCUCUAUCGAUGUUCAUCCAUUAACAGUCAUUGCUUCCGAUGGUAUACCAUUCGCACAGCCACUGAUAGUCGAUCAGUUGAUUAUUGGUCUCGGAGAACGAUAUGAUGUUUUAAUCAAAGCUGCAACAGACAAGACAAGGAACUACUGGAUGCGAGUCGAUACAAUGGACAAAAACAACAAUCCGCGAUGGCAUGCUCGAGCAAUUCUGCAGUACAUGUCUAAUACAACCAUACCAACGACGCAACCACGAAACUGUACAGCGACUCAACCAUGUCUCAUCCUGAACUGUCCUUUCGCUCAAUAUGGUCCCAAACUGAAUGAUAAUGCUAUGUCUCUCAUUUGUUUGACUCCGCAGAACAUCACAACUCAUGAAGAUUAUCUCGAUCGUGGUCUCUUGAAUGAAACAGUGGUGCCUAACGUCCGAAAAACACUUCAAAUGACCAUGGUUGAAGGUACUGAUGAGCGAGCUGCUUUCGAAUCAUUCAAUUACAUUGGCAUGCAAUAUCCAUCGAUGGACAUACCUAUUCUCUAUGAUGCUCGACAUGCUCGAGAACAAUUUGCCUGUUUCAAUCGUUCGUUGGACACAAAUACGGGUGACAAGUGUUAUCAUACUGUUAUGGCUCGAUAUAACGAUGUCGUAGAAUUUCUUCUUGUCAAUCACGACGACGAUCAACAUCCUCUCCAUUUACACGGUUCCUAUUUUCAUAUUGUCGAGCAAGGUCUAGCUGUGUUGAACUCAACAACUGGUGAAUUCCUAGCGAAUAAUCCUAACGUUGAUUGCAACGAACAUGCAGAAUGUAAAUGCAUAGAAACAACUGAAGGGUGCAAGAAAAAUAAUAUGCGUUUAGUGAAGGAUACAAUACAGUUGUCCAAAGGAGGAUAUAUGAGAAUACGCUUUCGAGCGACGAAUCCCGGUAUUUGGCUCUUUCAUUGUCAUACGGAACCACACUUAUCUCGAGGCAUGGUCAUUGCCUUGCAUAUCGCUGAAGACCGGUUAUUUCAAUCGAUCGCAUCUCAUUCAACAAAUAUUGCUGACCAUUGUAUUUCAAUUGUUCUGGCUUUCGCUUUCUGCUUUAUAUAUUUAGCUACCGACUAA